AAAGACAGUUGUUUUAUUUGCGAACUGGCUCAAUCUUUUGUUUUGCAAUGUUUUCUAUAUUUUUUUUAUAACAAAUGUACAACAUUUUGGAAAUAAAAUCAAAUCGUUAAAAUAUUUUCAAAGUAAUGAAAUUUUUGAUCGUGUGGAAUUUCUAUUCCACUGUUUACCCAAGUGACGAUUUCAGGCUGAAGGCUAUUGACAGUUGCAGUACUAUUUAUGCUUGCUUGAAGAAAAUUCCUACAGUAGGAUUAUUUUGCAUCACAUUCAAAUGCACCAGCCAAAAAUGCAAUGUUUUAUUUACAAAUUUCCAUGUCUGUUUGCGAAAUGCAUUUAAAUAGAAACGCAGCAAUUUGUUAGAAGGGAUCCACCUCCCCUUGUGCAGCGUUUCCAAAAACACCUCCUUCCGUCAACAACAAACAAUAACAACAUAAACGAACGAAACAAGUUUGGGCGGCGGGAAAUAUCGUUGUGCUGAAAAGAACCGGUUCUGGGGCCGUUUUACAGCCCGGUUGGCAUUGGUUGGAGCCGGAAAAUAAAAUGAGCAAACUACGCUCUUGCUGUGUGCCUUGCUGUAAGGACGAAAAGUUUCCCCUCGUACACAAGUUUCCAUCGGACAACGAACGGGCCGAACAGUGGCGCCGUGUGCUUGGCAUCGACAGCUUCAUCGGCCUACCGAUUGAGGUGAUUCGGAAGCGUUACUACAUCUGUUCGCGUCAUUUCCGUGACUCGGACUACAAAAAUAAAGCUUCCCGCAGUAUUAAUGUAACGGCCGUACCGUCCAUUAAUCUCGUCACGUUAAACGAUCCGGAAGGGUUGAAUCGUGAUCUACCGCCACCAAACCGACCUGGAAUGAUUCCCAUAGAACCCUCACAGGAAGUGGCAAAACAAGAUCAUACGGUGGAGCAAGAAUUGACCGGUGAAACAGGAAUACCAGAGGACAAGGCGGAGGAAAGCCCAGAGAAAUCUUCAACCGACAACCUAGACUUGAACGAUUUAAUCAACGAUCCCUUUACGGAGGACACGGUCACAAUGUCGAGGAACGAGAGCCCGGGACUAACCGCAACCAAGACUGGGACGCCUCGAAUGCCAACACUGGCCUUGAAGCGAAUUUUCCCAAAACAAUCCGUUGCAAUGAAAUCGCCAAUCAACCUAGAACCGAGAGCGAAAGUACCCCCAACCGAGGUGAACAACGUGCUUCGACGUUCGUCGAUUACGAAACCACCGAUGGGCUUAAUUCCAGUGACUGGACUAUUGCCCACCGAUAAAGGAUCACUGGUAUUGAAACGGGUCAAGAUGCCAUCGCUAAUGGUGGAGCGUAAAAAUAGUUCGCUCACAAACACGAUGACGCAAACGGAAGAUUUGCGUGAUGGAGAGCAGGCAGAGAAUGAUGCACCAACCAGUACCAAGGUACUGGCCCUGCUCGAAUGCACACCGGGCAAUUUACAGCGUCUGCAGCGCAAACUGCAGGAUGAGGGUGGUGCACUAUGUCUUGACGAGCGCCUGUUACGAUUAGACGAGGAGGACGAACGUGAUAAAGCGAUGAACUCGGACAAGCAAGACGUACCAUUGGACAAGAACCGAUUCCUUACCGUUCGGAACGUUAACACAGACGAAUCCAUAUCGGUUAGCUAUGUUUGGCUGCGGGAUCACUGUCGUUGUAAGGAUUGUUACAAUGUGACGACGUGUCAACGUUCUAACUCCAUCCUCGAUUUACAAUUAAACAUACAGCUGGCGUCGUGUGAAAUUUGCGACCAAAAGAUCAAUAUCAUCUGGCAAGAUGGGCAUCGAUCGACGUAUGAUCUGCAUGUGGUGUUUGAUAAUCACGCCGACAGCUAUCGGAAACGGUUGGAAGAACAUCGAGCCCAGCUUGUCUUGUGGGAUCGUCAGCUGAUCACUGCCAGCUCACCCGGAUAUGCGCGUGUCACGCUAAACGAUCUUCUCUGUGAAGAUGCCGUCAUGCGGCAGGUCGUUAGUAGCCUGAUAACGUACGGAUUUGCUUUUAUUACCAAAGUCCCACCGAAUCAGCAGAGUACCGAGAUGGCCGUUAAGCGUAUCUUCCCCGUGCAACGGACACUGUUCGGUGACAUGUGGACGUUCAGCGAAAGCAAGAUGGAUCACAGUGAUACGGCUUACACGAACGGGUUUUUAGGACCACAUACGGACAAUACGUACUUUUGCGAUGCGGCCGGUUUGCAGGUUCUGCACUGCAUUCAGUUCAAUGGGCAGGGCGGCGAGACUGUACUGGUCGAUGGAUUCCGCGCAGCGGAACAGCUUCGUGAGAACGAUCCCGAUGCGUACAAUCGGUUGUGUGAGUAUCCGCUCGAGGCAGAAUACAUCGAGGAGGAUAAGCAUCAUCGAUAUGUGGCACCGGUCUUACGUAGACAUCCACUACUGCACGAUGCAGUCGAGCAGAUUCGCUUCAAUCCUUACGAUCGUGCCCCAAUGCGUACGCUAGCGCCUGUAAAGGUGCCACAGUUCUAUGCCGACUAUCAGCAGCUGGCAGCGGAUCUGCACCGAGAAGAGGUACAGUGGAAGUUUAAGCUAACACCGGGCACAGUGCUGAUCUUUGAUAACUGGCGUGUGCUACAUGGACGGAUGGCUUACACCGGCAAGCGUGUUAUGACCGGGUGUUAUGUAGCACGAAGCGAAUACCAGAGCGUUGCACGCACGAUGGAAUUGAUCGAGUGAGCCGGCGAGCUGUAUCAUCGCGUAAACCAACAUUUAAUACAUGACAAAAGAACUGCCUCGACGAGAGCCAGCAAUUUGGCUAGGAACAUUAAAAAAACCAUUAGUUGGUUAAUUUCAAAACGCUUAAAGAGCGUUUGAGGAGCAUAUUAUUUUAAAAGUUUUUAUUUUAUAGAUCCUUUCCUUUAUCCUAAGCGAAUUGGUAUAAUAUUACAAUAGGAGACUAAAAUAAAAUAGGUUUAAAUUUUAAAA